CAUCUGCCACAGAGCUGGCUCUGGCUGCACAGCGAUGGGGCUGUCCUGGCCAGGCCUGUGGCUGAAGAGGCUCUGGGUACUCUUGCAGGUGGCCUUACAUGUGGCCAUGGGCAAAAUACUGCUGACUCUCUUCCCCGGGAGAGUCAAGCAGAACAUCCUGGCCAUGAGCCAGAGGGCGAACAAUACCAAGGACCCCCAGUUUCCCUAUGACAACUGGGGCCCAACUUUCUUCAACACCCAGUACUUCCGGUUCGUCCUGAAAGUCCGUUGGCAGCGACUAGAGGAUGAGACGGAGCAAGGGGGUCUGGCCCCGAACUGCCCUGUGGUCCACCUCUCAGGCCAGCGGUGCAACAUCUGGGACUUCAUGCAAGGCAACAGGCCACUGGUGCUGAAUUUUGGAAGUUGCACCUGACCUUCAUUUCUUUUCAAGCUUGACCAGUUCAAGAGACUUGUUGAUGACUUUAGUUCCAUAGCAGAUUUUCUCAUCAUCUACAUUGAAGAAGCACAUGCUUCAGAUGGCUGGGCUUUUAAGAACAACAUGGACAUCAGGAAUCACCGGAACCUCCAGGACCGCCGGCGAGCAGCCUGCUUGCUGUUGGACAGGAGCCCCCAGUGCCCUGUGGUGGUGGACACGAUGCAGAACCAGAGCAGCCAGCUCUACGCAGCACUGCCUGAGAGGCUCUACGUGCUCCAGGAGGGCAGGAUCCUCUACAAGGGUAAACCUGGCCCUUGGGACUACCAUCCAGAGGAAGUACGUGCUGUUCUGGAAAAGCUCAGCAGUUAAUCUGGUUGGAUGUCCCAGUUCUACAUGACCAACAAGAGGGCUCCUCAAGUCUCGGCUCUCCUCACACCCCAGCUGGCUUGCACUGCUUGACCUGUGUCCCCAACUGAAUCACUAGCUCAGAUUUUUCAGAUCUAAGCAAACAACUCUCAGUGAAGACGUGCAGAUCGUAGCAUUCAAACAGGACUGGGUUUGUUAUAAUCAGAAAACGAGUGAGCACUUGAGCCAUUCAGGCAAGUGAACCAACUGUUAAAGAAUGUGCAUCUCCACACUGAUCCCAAGGUGGAGACCACGUUCACUGCAUGAUAGAUAUCUUAGCAUGAGAGAGCUGUUGUAUAACAUGGAUGCACUCCUGAGACAUGUUAUCUCCCUUCAGCCACCUUAAUACCGAGCAUGGCAUCAUUUUUAAUAGGUACAGUCAUUUUACCAAAUUUGGCAUUUACAGAAUUAAUAAUUUAAGACACAAAACUGGUGUUUAGAACCGAGCAUGGGAAGAACUCCAGUUAUUUGGGGAGCGAUGAGGAAUUGGAAGCAGGGGAGUAGAAAUGGAAGGAGAGUGUAAAGAUGAUAAUCCUUUCCUUGCCAAAAGUUUUAAACCAGUCAAUGGGUGGUGGUUGGGGGAGUUUCCAUGUUACUAUCAUCAGUUCUAUCACGGAGGAAAGGGACCCGCUUUGCCAUGCUUGAAUAGAUUUAAUAGGGAUUUGGCUCUCUGUACCCUGGAGUCUUCUACUCUCCUCCCUUAUCAACAGAUUCACUCUGAGGAAAGGACUGGUUUCUUGAAGGCAUUGUAACUUUCACCAAACCAGUAACAGGCACAGCCAAAGCUGUCAUUCAGUUAUGCAGAAGCUCAUAUUUGAAAUUCUGUUUCUCUGAUUUAUUCGCAAGUUUCUUAAUGGUCAAUUGUGUUAGACAGUAUCAGGCUAAUGGAUAACCAUUGGUAUUCAUCUGUUUUAACUCUGCUUCUUUUCAUAUUUGUUUAUGACGGCCACAGCCUAAAGUACAUAAAGCUGUGACUUGAUUUGAAAAAAAAAAAAAAUGUUUUAA